ACAUCAAGACACCUUAAGUUUUUGAGUGAGCUAAAUUUUUAUAGUUUAAAAUAUUCCAGUCAUACGACGAUAUACAAAAUGCGAGAGGUCAUAAGUGUCCAUGUUGGUCAAGCGGGUGUCCAGAUUGGAAAUGCUUGUUGGGAGUUAUUCUGUCUGGAGCAUGGAAUCCAACCAGAUGGGUGUCUUAAGGCAAAGGAUAACGAAGCAACAGACGAUUCGUUUAACACGUUUUUCAGAGAUACUGGAUCAGGGCAGCAUGUACCAAGAUCUAUCUUCGUUGACUUGGAGCCUACUGUCAUAGAUGAAAUAAGAACUGGCAAAUAUCGCCAGCUCUUUCACCCGGAGCAGCUGAUAACUGGCAACGAGGACGCCGCCAACAACUACGCCCGGGGCCACUAUACCAUCGGUAAGGAGCACAUCGACCUGGUCCUGGAGCGCAUCAACCGACUCUCGGAGCAGUGCGACGGCCUCCAGGGCUUCAUCGUCUUCCACAGCUUCGGCGGCGGCACCGGCUCCGGCUUCAUGUCGCUCGUCAUGGAGCGGCUGACGGUCGAGUACGGGAAGAAAUCCAAACUCGAGUUCUCCGUGUACCCGGCGCCCGAGAUGUCCACGUCGGUGGUGGAGCCGUACAACUCCGUGCUGACCACACACAACACCCUGGAGCACUGCGACUGCGCGUUCCUCGUCGACAACGAAGCCAUCUACGGGAUCUGCCAGGAGAAGCUGGGUAUCGGCCGGCCGUCGUACACGAACCUCAACAGACUGAUCAGCCAGACGGUCAGCUCCAUCACGGCCUCGCUCAGGUUCUCCGGAUGCCUCAACGUCGACCUGAACGAGUUCCAGACGAACCUCGUCCCCUAUCCUCGAAUCCACUUCCCGGUGACGACCUUCGCGCCCGUGAUGUCCAGCGAAAAGUCCUACAUGGAGAAGAACUCCGUGCAAGAGAUAACAGCCGCGUGCUUCGAGCCCGGAAACCAGAUGGUGAAGUGCGACCCAAGGAGCGGGAAGUACAUGGCGUGCUGCAUGCUCUACAGGGGUGACGUCGUGCCCAAGGACGUCAGCGCAGCCAUUGGCUGGAUCAAGACGAAGCGCAGCAUACAGUUCGUCGACUGGUCCCCGACCGGGUUCAAGGUGGGCAUCAACAACCAGCCCGUCACCGUGGUGCCUGGCGACGGCAUGGCGAAGACACAGAGGGCUGUGUGCAUGAUGAGCAACACCACGGCAAUUGCCGACGCCUGGGCUCGGCUUGACCACAAGUUUGAUCUCAUGUACCAGAAGAGGGCGUUCGUUCACUGGUACGUGGGCGAGGGCAUGGAGGAAGGCGAGUUUGCGGAGGCCAGGGAAGACUUGGCCUGUCUUGAACGUGACUACCAAGAGGUCGGUGCGGACAAUAUCGAAGAAUGCGAUGAGUCAGAAUACUGAUUAAGUUGUUGACCAACAAUAAAUAAAUAAAUAAAC